CACAGAUGCACAGCAAAGCGAAAGGAGGGGAAGGAUGAGGAGGGAAACGGAGCGAAGGGCCGAGGAGGGGGAGAGAGGAAGAGGAGGAGAGGAGAGGGCACAGGAUGAGGGAGAGUUGCAUGUUAAGCCAGGUGAGUAGCCACGAAGGAAUGCAGGGGAGAACGUGCAGGAAGCAGUUGCAGUGUACAAACAAGAAGGGUGUAGCUCUGCUGUUCAAGGCAGCCAUCGGACAAAGAUCAGACUAAGAUGAUAAGAAAACGAAUGAUCGAGAGACAUCGAAGUAGAAGCAACGAUCGUGAGUGAGAGAACAAGUUGCUGUGAUGAAGCAGGAUCACCGACCUCCAUCGCCCAUUGGCGGUGGAGGUCAUGGUUUACUAGAAGGCAAGGAAUUCCUAUCUCAAAGAGAUCGACUAACCUGAGUCGUAUCCUUCUGAACAGUUUUCUUCACAGGAGGGUCUUUGUUCUCAGCGCUUUGUAUGAGCUGAGAGAGAGCUCUGCAUCGACCCAUGUCCGACGCCUACGUCACACUCCCCCUUGGGGACGAAGAUUUCUCCCCCUCUGCUCCUGAACAACCCGGAAGUUUCGCUCCUCGCCCUCCUCCCAAUCUCCCGCACAUAAUGAACAACGAUGGCUCAGGGAUUCGUUUCGACGUCUCUGUGACCCAACCAACCAAGAGUGGCAACGGCUAUCAAGCCUACGUGGUGUACAAGGUGACUUGUAAGACAAACUUGGAGCAGUACUCGUCGAGUGAGAUCAUAGUGAACAGAAGAUUCAAUCACUUCGUUUGGCUGCACAUCCAGCUUCUGGAGCAAUACCCUUGCUACUUCAUUCCUGCUCUGCCGGACAAGUCUGGAAUAGAUCCGUACUUCAACAGAUUCGACGCUGAAUUCAUCGAGAGGCGCCGAUGGGCCCUCCAGCAGUUUCUCUUUCGUCUUGUCAACCAUCCCAUCAUCCGAACGUCAAAGCCGCUGCAGAUUUUCUUUGAGGGGAAUGAAGAUUCCAUGAAGCUUCCGGAGGAGAAGAAACCGUCCUUGUUUGGAUCGCUUUUCAAGGAUAUUGGAGCACCGAAAGUGCCAAAAUCGAUGCAGGAUCCCGAAUUCGCUGAAAUGGGGCUGUACAUAAAAGAGCUUGAGGAUCAGCUGUUUGAAGUUCACAAGUUUGUAGAGAGGAUGGUGCUUCGCAGGAGGGACUUCGGAAGUUCCCUCGGAGAACUUGGCCUCACCUUGAUCACCAUGGGGACUCAUGAAGAGAAGACAGGUGAAGAGGAGGCAGCAACGACUUCGAAGUCGUUUCACGACCUAGGGAGCUGCUGCGACCACCUGGCGAUCAACAUCCAGGAGCAAGUGAAGGAUGAGAUGGAGAAGACUGUGUUCGUGUUGGAAGAAUGGCUGCGAAUAAUGGAAGGCGCAAAGGAGGCGCUGAGAGUACACGGAGCAACUGUGGCCCAGUCGCUGGCUUUCAUGGUGCGAACGUCGAUUGCAAUGAGUGUGGUGGUUGGAGUUAACAGCGUUUCGCAGUCGGACUAUGAGAAGAAAGAUCGAGCGCUGAAGCAAGGGGUCCCGCAAGGGAAGGCAAACAUCACUGAGUCCGAUGUCAACGAGGCCCGGCGAAAGGUGGAGGAGUCGAAACAGCGCGCAGAGCUGCUCGGCCAACGCCUGCGCGAGGAAAUGAUGAGGCUCAAGCGCAUGAAGGCGGUGGAGCUGCGGACUUUGCUGUUCCGCUUCGUGGAGAUCCAGAUCAAGAACGGAUUCGUGGUGACGGAGUCAUGGCAGAGAGCUCUUUCCUCGGUUGUCAACGGCAUCGAUCCCUCGGCUCUCCCAGGCAAGACACAGACAGAGGGAUAUGUGUGAUUCAGAUACAACCCUGUAGUGAGCACAUUGUUUUGAGUGAAACAAGUUGUCAUCGU